AUGGCAGCAAACACGCAAGAGGAGAUUCAACCCAAGACGGAAGAUUCGAAAGGAUACGCUCCUGACCAUGAGAAGGCCAUAUUCCAAGAGCCUGUCGGCGAAAAGAUCCCCGGGGCUGUCAAUGAUGCCCCAAUCUCCGACUCGACUGAAAUCCUAAGAGGUCCCAACGGUGAAGAGUAUCCGACGCAAGAUGAGCUCAACAAAUUGAGGCGUGUCAAGGGCCCUAUCAACUGGAUUAUAUACACGAUAGCCUUUUGUGAGCUCUGCGAGCGAUUCGCAUACUAUGGCACAACGGCCGUAUUUCAGAACUUCAUUGGCCAAGAGAUGCCUCCCGGCUCCACGACAGGAGCUUCUGGUCUUCAGGGCCAGGCCGGUGCUCUUGGUCUAGGGCAGCGAGUUGCAACCGCUCUGACGCUCUUCAACAGCUUUUGGUCUUAUGUCAUGCCUCUACUUGGCGGUUAUCUGGCUGAUACAUACUGGGGGAAAUUCAAGACUAUCAAUGUUGCCAUUGGGGUUGCCACAUUUGGUCACAUUUUGAUUGUCAUCUCCGCGAUUCCGGGGGUCAUUGCAUCACCCCAUUCGGCAGCGCUCGCACCCUUUAUACUUGGGCUCAUAUUUUUUGGCAUGGGCGUGGGACUGUUCAAGGCAAACAUUUCGCCUAUGAUUGCCGAGCAAUAUGAAGCACAACAGCCGCGAGCCGUGAUCAAGACUCUCAAAAGUGGCGAGCGUGUGAUUGUUGAUCCGGUCCUUACCUAUACCGUCAUUUACAUGCGAUAUUACUUUUGCAUCAAUGUCGGAAGUCUUGUCGGCCAGAUUACAAUGGCUUUCAGCGAGUUCUACGUCGGCUACUGGCUUUCUUUUACUCUGCCAACCAUCAUGUUCUUGCUUUGUCCAUUUGUCAUGAUCUUUUGCAAAAAUCAUUACGUCAGGCAUCCACCGACGGGAUCUGUCCUUGGAAAAUCGUUUCAGGUCUGGGGGCUUGCGAUGAAGGGUCGUUGGAGCUUGAACCCGAUCCGUACCAUCCACAACAUGCGCGCCCCGGGCUUCUGGGAUAGCGCCAGGCCAAGCAGGCAAGCGGUCCAGCCGUCAUGGAUGACCUUUGAUGAUGCCUGGGUGGACGAAGUCCGCCGUGGCUUCAAGGCCUGCACUGUAUUUUGCUGGUAUCCGCUGUAUUGGUUGUCGUACAAUCAGCUCACCAACAACUUGAUCUCUCAGGCAGCCACCAUGAGACUCGAUGGCGUGCCAAACGACAUCAUUACCAACUUGAAUCCCCUCUCACUGCUCAUCUUUAUCCCAAUUGUCGACAAGUUCGUAUAUCCAGCCAUUGCACGAACGGGCUUUAGAUUCACACCAAUCAAGAAGAUCACCACUGGUUUUGCAUUUGGUACUGCUUCCAUGGUUGUGGCGGCCAUUGUGCAACAUUAUAUUUACGUCUACUCCCCGUGUGGAAAAUAUGCGGAUGACUGUGAGCUCGGCGUGCCACAGCAGAUGAGCGUAUGGAUCCAGACGCCGUCGUAUGUGCUCAUUGGACUGGCCGAGAUUUGCGCCUCCAUCACAGGUCUGGAAUAUGCCUUUACUAAGGCGCCAAAGAAUAUGCGCGGACUGGUUACCGGCGUGUUCUGGUUCUCGCAAGCCUUUUCUUCGGCCCUGGCCCAGGCGUUUGUUGGUCUGUCGGCGGACCCGCUAUUGGUUUGGCUGUACACCACGGUUGCCAUCAUCUCGGCGUUGGGCGGUAUUGGUUUCUGGUUUAGCUUUUCCAAACUUGACAAGGAGGAAGAGGCGCUCAACAACCUGACGGACUCUGUUUUCCAUGGAUCAAAGACUGCCGAUGAGGAUGUUGAAGCUACUCUUGCGGCCAAGGCCGAGCAGGAGAGGAUCAGACAUGCCCAAGGCCUGGACAAGGUCAAAGAUGAGGUGAGGCAUGGGUGA